UCACAACAAACGUGGAACGUGAGUGUUUACCUUUUUUUGACAGAAAUAAAUGUUUUCGAACAUACCUGUCAUUAAAAAUGCUGACUAAAUUUAACAACAAAAUGAUAGUUGCUUCAGAAAAUCAAUUUUUGGGCUACAAAGGAACUGGAUAAUUCACCGCGACAUAAAUAAUAUUCAUAACUUUCUUCAUAGUUAGAUUUUUUUUUUUCUCUAAAAACAAUCAUCUGUUCCAAGAGACAUUAUGAAAGACUACGUGGUAGUUCCACUGCACAAGCGGAUUGAGCUAACCAGACAGUGCUGUAAAUUGGUAAAUGCUGAAUGGCCCAGAAGCGAGGUAGCUCGAUUGAGAAGCUUAAACUCUUCGUGCGAUAAAUUUCCUACGUGUCUUGUACUUUUGGAUGAUACAUGUGUCAUUGGACAUUGUAAAAUAUCCUUAGUACCAAAUAUGUGCGAUAGUUGCUUUAUAGAAUCUGUUGUGAUAGAUCAAAAAUACAGAGCACGUGGUCUCGGCACGAUAUUAAUGCGUGGAGCAGAGGAAUACGUGGCAAGGCGGGGAAUCCUCAAAGUAUUUCUAUCGACAAAAGGACAAGAGUACUUUUAUAAAAAAUUAGGAUACGACUUUUGUGAACCAGUGAGUUUAUAUGGAAAUACAUACGGUGAAAACGAUCCUGCUCCUAGUUCAAGCAAAUUAUUGAAAGAGAGUAAAUUGAUAGGACCACCUCCACCGCCUAUGCCCAUCAUGAGGAACUCAGGUUUUCCAUUUUCAAUGACAAAAACAUACAUGGUUAAAAACUUGUGAACUGUCAUAAUUAUUGAAAUCAGAACGCUUAUCAUCAUUAUUAUUUGUAAAUGAAAUAUAUUUUUCUGACUAUUUUUAUGUAACAAAUGAAUGUAUUAACGAUGUACCUACAAUAUAUUAUAAUUUCUGUACUA